GUAUAAACUGCCCCGACUUUAUGGUUGAGAGAGGGAUUCAGUUUCAGAGAGACUGUCUGAUGAAUACAUAUAAAGCAGUUUACCUGAUGGUUCACGCUCAGGUGAGCACUAUUAUCGUCUGCUCAGGUAAAUAAAGGUAUGAUAGACAACAGGGUUUUGUAAAGUCAUAACUUCUGUAACUGAUUUACAUAGUGACAUGGGGAAUGGACCUGUUGUAAGGGACAACGUUUAACUAACGAAAGUUUCUAUAUAUGAUACGUGAAUUUUACGACAAAAGGGAAAUUGACCUUGUAGUUUUGGGAUUUACAACACGCUAGUAAAACAGAUUCCAGAACUAGUUCCUUGAUGUACAGAAUGACAUGACAUUCCGCGUCUCUGGGAAGGCAAACCACAAUUUGCAGGGAUGGAUCCUGGAGGUCUGUCCACCAAUCAGAGUGGCGCAGACUCCUCUGUAGUCAAUGAUACAGUGGUUGGUCCCCACCCUAACUCUGGUAAUUCUGCCAACAUUGUGGUGUGGAGUCUGGUCUGUGUCUGUAUCACCAUAUUUGGUCUGGGUCUUGCCACGUGCAAGUUUUUCAGAGACCAAUAUGAGAAGCCAGAAAAUAAACUGAAAAGAAAAAAGCGAUCAGAAGUGGAGAAAAAAGACAUGCAAGGAGGCAUCAAAGGGAUCCUGAGACACUUGAAUCCAACAACACUAAUUGACUGA